AUGAAUCAUUCGACUGUGUUUCUGAUCAGCUGCCUGCUGCUCGGCAGCAACGCUCGGGCUGCUUUUAAGGACUUUGUCGUUGAGCCAGACGCAGAGCAGCCCAAUAACGGCAUAGCUCUGGGCUGUCCCGCAGAAGACGAACAGCCCCUGAUCUCAUUCCAUGAUGUGGAACAAGAUGGCAUUGUCGACACACAGCUGCUGCUCGCAGCGCUCAUGCAACAUGCCCAACGUCUGGGCAUGAAUCUGGAGCAAUUGGCUCAAAUUCAGGCAAUUGGGGAGGAGGAUGUAUUGGAAUCUGAUGCUGGUUGCAGUGCAGCGGAGUCGCUUAGCUAUCGCGAGCAGCCCAGCUGGUAUGAUGUGUUCUUCAACUAA